AUGGAAAUAUCUGCAUCUGCCAGGCGCAUUACCAGGAGCUCCAAGGGCGGAAGCCUCCCGCCUUUUGGAGAAUGCGCAUGCUUACCUCUAGGGGCCCCCUUGGGGGCCCCUGGUGCCCCGGGGGCCCCUGGGGGCCCCGGAGAAGCAGGGGCCCCAGGAUCCACAGGUCCCACAGGGCCCCCAGGGGCCCCACGGGCCUCAGGGUUCAUAGGGGCCCCAGGGCCCUUAGGGGCCCCAGGAGCCCCAGGGCCCCCAGGGGCCUCAGGAGCUCCAGGGGCCCCAGAGUCCACAGGGCCCCCAGGGGCCCCACGGGGCUCAGGGUACACGGGGGCCCCAGGGGCCCCACGGGGCCCCCCUGGCCCCAGCUCAGAAAAGUCUUCGGUGAAUGCUGUUCGUCUUCUGACUCGACAUGCAGAAGAAGAAGACCGCAGCCCUUUCGUCAUCCUUUUAGACAAGUAUUUGCCUGUAUACGAUGAAACCUCACCACAAGCAGCAACAGAAACAAAACAGAAGAAAGGCAGCAGGCUGGUGCAAGCGGAGCAAUGCAACAGCGGCAGAAGCAGCAGCAGCAUUGGCAGCAACAGCAGCAGAAACAACUGCAGCAACACUAACAGAGGCAACAACAGCAGCAAUAGCAGCAGCAAAAGCAACAAAAACAGCAGCAGCAGCAGCAGCUCAAUCUUGCACCAGCCGCAAGCAAGAAGAUCGGAUGAGCAGCAAAGCCGCUGCUCUGCUGAAAAGGUAGAACAGCAGCAGAAGCAGCAGCAGCAGCGACAGCUGCAGCAAGAAGUCCAAUCACAACAACAAGAGCCUCAACAGCAGCAUCCACAAGAGCAGCAGCAACCGCAAGAACACCAGCAACAGCAGGAGCAGCAACAGAAGGAACAGCAGCAACAAAAUGAGCAGCGGCAGGCGGAGCAGCAGCAACAACAGCAACAGCAACAGCAGCAUCAACAGCAGCAACAGCAACAGCAGCAGCAACAGCAGCAGCACCAACAACAACAACAGCAACAGCAACAACAGCAACAGCAACAGCAACAGCAACAGCAGCAACAGCAGCAACAGCAACAGCGGCAGCAGCAACAGCAACAGCAACAGCAGCAACAGCAACAGCAGCAACAGCAACAGCAGCAACAGCAACAGCAGCAACAGCAACAGCAGGAGCAGCAGCAGGAACAGCAACAGCAGCAGGACCAGAAGCAGCAGCAGGAGCAGACACAGCAGCAGGAGCAGCAGCAACACCAGGAACAGCAGCAAGACCAGGAGCAGCAGCAGCGGCAGGAGCAGCAGCAGCAGCAGCAGGAGCAGCAGCAACAGCAACAGCAGCAGCAGCAGCAGCAGCAGGACUGUGAGAGGCAGCCGUUGCGAAGGCAAUCGACUGUGGAGAAGAAGCGUCUUAAAGAUAUGCGGGCUCAAAUGAAGGCAAUUUUCAAGUACGACUUAGACGGGAACGGGUUUAUUGAGAGGCCGGAGUUAUUCGCAUUGCUGUACAAUUUGCCUGCGCAUUUGUGGCUAGCAGCUCCUGCUACUUCUCCCAGGUGUAUAGGCAGCAGCAGUCCUUCACCCUCAGGUGUAUGUGCAUCUCCCCCCACGGGUGAAUGCAGCUUUGCUGCUGCAGCGCCUCCAGUAAAAAUGACCGACGCAGAGAAAAGAGAGAGAGUGCAGCAGAUCGUAGACCUCGUCUUCGCAGCCAAAGAAGAAUUCCAACGCCAGCAGCAGCAGCAGCAGCAGGAGCAGCAGGAGCAGCAGGGGCAGCAGCAGCAGGAGCAGCAGCAGCAGCAACAACAGCAGCAGCCAGUUGCCUUGAGGCAGCGCCGUCGACGGAGCGAUGUCUUUGUAAGGAGUCUUCUGAGUCCUAGACAUUCUCUUAAUAGGAAGACAGCACCACCAUCACCAGCAGCAGCAGCAGCUGCAGCAGCAGCAGCAGCAGCAUCUGCUGCUGAUGCUGCUUGUGCUUCAGAAGCAACAGCAGCAAAGCACGGCCUCACGUUUGACGACUUUGUGCGAGUCUCUUCCUCUGUGCCGGAGUUAACAACAGUGCGUCUAGGAGACACGGAAGACGCCGGUGGUGUUUCGCCUAGGCCUGGCAGCAGCGGCAGCAGCAGCAGCAGCAAAAAUGCACGGAGCCCCCUUUCUCCUUCUUCUGGUGCUGCAUCUCCUGCUGCUUUACCGUCCACAGGCGGCAGAAGCGGCGGAGAGAGUCGCAGUGUGAGCCGCAGCAGCAGCAAUGGCAGCAGCAGCAGUAGCAGCAGCAGCAGCAGCAGCAGCAGAGCCAACGCCGAUGUCCCCUGUGGGGUGGCGGCUACAGUACGGGGGCAGCAGCUGCUGCACCCGUCUUCUGCACAAAAGAGACCAACAGCAGCAUCAACAGCAACAGCAACAGCAACAACAACAUUAGCAGCAGCAGCAGCAGCUGCAACACCAGCAACAACAGGGGACUCCCGCUCCGCCUCGCCGGGUUUCAGUGUAAAAGGCUGUCUCUCUCCGAGCAGCAGUAUCAGCAUCAGCAGCAGCAGCAGCAGCAGUAGCAGCAGCAGCAGCAGCAGCAUUGGAGGCCCCUCUGCCAACAGCAACUUCGGCAGCGGCAACGAGAGAAGCUGCUCCACCAGCAGUUCCCCUCCAGCACUUUGCAGCAACACCGGCAGCAGAGCAUCUGCUGCUCCUGCUGCUGCUGCUGCUGCUGCUGCAGCUGCUGCAGCUGCUUCCUCUUCAGCUGCUGCAGCUGCUUCUAUUCUUUCAAGCUGCUCCCCUUGUUCGGGUUGGCUGUGGAAACCUUUUCGGUCGCCUACCCAUGACAGCUCUACCAGCACAAUCCUUCUGCGAGAUUGUGUGGCUUCUGCGCUUAGAAGUCCAACGCCCCGUGGGCUCCGCACCACCAACAAGCCUGGGAGCGUUUUGUUCGGUUUUGCAAUUAAAAGCAGCGACGGAAGAACUAUUAAAACCCUUUAUGCUGAAGAUGCAGAAGACAGGCAACGGGACGGGGUGCGGACGGAGUUGCAGAUUCUGUCUUUGUUAGACAGCCCUUUCGUGAUUUCUUUUUGGGGUUCGUUUGAAACCCCCGAGUAUUAUUAUUUAGUAACAGAAUAUCAGCAAAGAGGAGACCUUAGGGGCCUCAUCGACUUGGCUCUCAUGGUGCAGCAGCAGCAGCAGCAGCAGCAGCAGCAGAGCCAGAAGCAGGAGGGAGAACAGGAAGCAUGCACGGAAGGCAACAAGAACGCAUCUGCUGCUGCUCCUGCUGCUGUAUCUGCUGCUUAUGGCUCGCCUGCUGCAGCCUCUGCAGGGAAGGCGGAGGCUGCUGCCAGAGAAAUGCAGGAUCAGCAGCAGCAGCAGCAGCAGCAGCAGCAGCAGCAGCAGGGUUUAAUUCCCGUUGAGACAACGAAGCGGAUAUUGCGUUCAGUACUUCUGGGGCUGCAGCACGUGCAUGCAAAGGGCGUGGUGCACAGAGAUAUAAAACCCAGCAACCUGCUGCUGUGUUUUGAGCAGCAGCAACAGCAGCAACAGCAGCAGCAGCAGCAGCAGACGGUGAGCAGCUAUAAAGAUCCGCUUGCCCCGGGCGACGCUUCUCCUGCCGUCUUCCUUUCUCCUGCUCUGUCUCCAGGAAUAACUGCUGCUACUUCUACUACUGCUGCUACUACCACUACUGCUGCUGCUGCUGCUGCUGACGCCUGCUCUGAGCCUCGCGGGGAACCCAGCAGCGCCUCCAUAAGGCACGGCAGCAGCAACAGCAGCAGCAGCAGCAGCAGCAGCAGCAGCAGCAGCAGCAGCAGCAGCAGCAGCGAGGCUACAGAGCCUCAGCCUCUCGGAGAGGCCAUUGCAACUGCUGCGGCGACUGCUGCUGCUGCUGCUGCUGCGGCAGCAGCAGCACCCCAAAUCCAAGUGCUGUCUCCUUCUCGGAAGGUGCUUGCCUGUAUUAACCCUUGCGCGCAGCAGCAGCAACAGCAGAAGCAGCAGCAGAAGCAGCAGCAGCAACAGCAGAAGCAGCUGCAGAAGAAGCAGCAGCAACAGCAGAAGCAGCAGCAGAAGCAGCAGCAGCAGAAGCAACAACGAAAGCAGCAGCAGCAGCAACAUGCUGUUGCCUCCUUCCAGGCCCCCGAAUACCUUUCGCUAGUAGAUGCAGCUGCAGUAGAAAGACAAACCUCAGCAGCAGAAGCAGCAACAGCAGCGGAAGCAACAGCAGCAGAAGCAGCCGAAGCAGCAACAGCAGCGGAAGCAGCAGCAGAAGCAGCCGAAGCAGCAACAGCAACAGCAAUACCGACAGAAGGAGCACCAUCUCCCACAUCUGGAGGAGUCCAAGCAGCAGCACUGCAACAUGAAGCAGCAGCUGCUGCUGCCGCACCAGCAGCAGCAACAGCAGUACCACCGGCAGCAGCAACAACAGCAACACCAGCAGCAACACCAGCAGCAACAGCACCGGCAGCCCCAGCAGCAGCAACACCAGCAGCGCCAACAGCAGCAGCGAAAGUGCCAGCGCCAGCAGCAGCAGCACAAGCAGCAGCACAAGCACCAGCAGCAGCAGCAGCAGCAACAGCAGCAGCAGAAGCACUGGACAUGCAGCGCGUGUUUGAGAGUGCAUGCAGCAAUCUGCAGGGCGUGAAGAUCGCUGACUUUGGAUUGGCGAGGUUUUUAGGUAUUUCGUUUUCUUUGUUUUAUUCGUUUUAA